GCGACCAUGGCCGGAGGCCGGGACCGCGGGGACUUGGCGGCCAGGCAGCUAGUGUUCCUACUUCCAGAAUAUUUAAAAGAUGCCUCGAAGAAGAAGAGCGGCCUCCUGUUUGUAAAGCUGGUCAACCUGCACUCAGGGGAUGGAGCAACUUACUUAAUUGAUAUGUGUCAACAGCAGCUGUUUGAAAUAAAAGUUUUCAAGGAAAAACACCAUUCUUGGUUUAUAAAUCAAUCAGUUCAGUCAGGGGGCCUUCUCCAGUUUGCCACACCCAUGGAUCCAUUGUUCCUGCUCCUUCACUAUCUCCUAAAGGCUGGCAAAGAGGGGAAGUAUCAGCCCUUGGAUCAGGUCGUGGUGGAUGACACAUUUCCAGAUUGCACCUUGCUGCUGAGGUUUCCUGAGCUUGAAAAGUCACUUCGGCAUGUGACGGAGGAAAAAGAAGUGAACAGCAAGAUGUACUAUAAGUACAGCUCAGAGAAGACAUUGAAGUGGCUGGAGAAGAAGGUCAACCAAACUGUGGUGGCAUUAAAAGCCAAUAAUGUCAACGUUGGAGCCCGGGUGCAGUCAUCUGCAUAUUUCUCGGGUGUUCAGGCUUCCACGGACAAGGAAGAAGAUUAUGUUCGAUUUGCCCAUGGUCCGAUUUCUGAUUACAUCCCUAAAGACUUAAGUGAUGAUUUAUCCAAGUCCUUGAAGCUUCCAGAACCUCCAGCUUCAUUGCCAAACCCUCCAGCAAAGAAACUAAAGUUAUCAGAUGAGCCUGUAAGUUACACUAAGUUUAACAGUAAAGACUUGAAGACCGGCAAGAAACAUAGCAAAAUGACUGCUGCUCAGAAGGCUUUGGCUAAAGUUGACAAAAGCGGAAUGAAAAGUAUCGAUGCCUUUUUUGAUGCAAAAAAUAAAAAAUCUGGAAAGAUUUGA